CAUCUCUUCCGUUCCUGUCAAUGCUAAAAAAUUCCUUCUCCCUUUCAAAGCCCCGAAAGUCUCCUCGCAGAUCUGCGGACUAACUUCGUCAUGGAGUCCCUGCCGCUAUACUAUGCAGAUAGAGAACCCGCUCCGAUAUAUAUCUAACCAAGUACUAGUCACACUUGACUCAGUACGCGGUAGAGGUUGGAGGUGGGUGUGUCAUUUUGUGAUCGUGAUAGGUGAUGGUGUGCACUAGCAGACUAGCUAUCAGCGAGCGCAGGAGGCGCAAAUAGUGGAUUGUUCCACCUGAGCUACUACUUCCAGCAGUUCUAGCGUCACGCGCACACGAGCGAACGAGCUAGAGCCGUCGGCGAAUCUACUGCACUUGACCUUUUUCGGUCCCUCCAAUGCUUCUAUAUCUCCCCUAGCCACUGCCGCGGAGGUAGGGGGAACAGGAGUUGAAGAUGGUUCCUCCUGCGAAGGAAAUGCUUUCCUCGCUGUUGCGACCAAGACAGCCCGUUCGGCGCGUCGACUCGGCGCAUCUUUUCGAAUCAAAUCCGAACACACCUUCUCCUGGUCAGGCGAGCCGCGAUUAUGGCGAACGACGACAACGACAUGCCACUGCCGAUUUUACUGAGGGCGACGAUGACGACGAGGAUGAUGAAGACGACUUUGAUCUUGACGAUAGGCCGUCUGGUCCCCGCGUGACUUGGCCAUAUCAAGAAACCAAUGCGCGCAGGAAUUCGGCUUCCCUUAUACCUCUAUUUUCCGCCAGCCACCUCGAUUCAAUACCAGUCUACAAUGUCGUCCAUGCCAUCAGAAUAAUCGUCCAAACAAAAACCGAGACUACUUUAACAUGGGACCAAAUUCGGUCGCCGCAGGUUUCCCAAUUCCUUGUCAAGCCUAUGCAACAACAAAUUCGGACUCUGCAUUUCAGCCGCGUGACGUUGUACGCCCUCAUGGCAAACUGUCUACAAUUUGCGAAGGAGGGGCAACUGUAUCCGGGUAACGCAGGUACCAGUAUCACGCGAGCGAGAGUUUGUGAGCUCCUGGCCUUGAAACUGUUGAAAGAGUACACCACGAGGGAGCUUAUCGACGCUUUGUCCUAUGACUUUUACCCACUCCAAGGAGCUCCCGACACGCCGAAUAUCCCCAAUGCGAAGGCAUCCGACAGCAAAGCUCGCCCGGCUGCAGCUCGAUCUUCGACGCUCGAGGUAGCUAUCCGAAGCAAUGCCAAACACUUUCUAGCGCACCCGCUAGUGGUUCAGCAACUUGAGGCUAUAUGGAACGGCGCAAUCAGUUUUUAUUCAACCCAGGAUAAUAUCCAUAGGAUGCCUUCUACGCCUGCAGGUUCGGGUGGAAAUACUCGCAACGGCCAAAUUAAUGCUAGAACACCUCUUCUCAGCCAUCAACCUGCUAAAGAACAGUCCCAACUUCCAUUACAUGCGGCACCUCUUCGACGGGCUGUCACUUUAUAUGACCCGCGCCAAGCCUCUCCCCUGAAGCUAUCUCGUCUUCGUGUCCCGCGAUAUAGACAAUUUCUAUCAACAUGCUCUUUAUUUAUAUUGAUAUGCCUCUUCCUUGCUGUCUUGAUACGGAGGUCUAAUCGCAUUACUGAGCUAGAAUUAAUUUUCUGGUUUUGGAGCGCGGGUUUCAUGCUUGAUGAGGUCGUCGGCUUCAACGAGCAGGGAUUUUCUCUGUAUAUCAUGAGCUUCUGGAACAUAUUCGACCUUGGUAUUCUGUUACUUCUCAUCAUUUAUUACUGCAUGAGGGUUUAUGGUGUCUUCCUCGUCAACCCCUUUCAUUGGAAUGAGAUGGCAUACGAUGUCCUGGCAGCAAACGCAAUUCUCUUGUUGCCACGCAUCUUCAGCGUCUUAGACCACUAUGAAUACUUUUCCCAGCUCCUGAUUGGCUUCCGAUAUAUGUCAUCUGAAAUGGCCUCUUGCUUUUUUCUUAUCCUAAUUUGUUGCUCCGGAUUCUUCGUGUUCUUCACGCUCUCCGGCGUCCACAACGACGCUUCCGAUGUGGCUUUUAAGAUCUUUCAGAUAUUGAUGGGAUUCACGCCAGCUGCGUGGGACGCGUGGCCCGGAUAUUCUUAUCUAGGCAGGGCAGUACUGGCGUUCUUCCUUUUCCUUACUCAUUACGUCGUCGUGACAAUCCUGAUUACUGUUCUGACAAAUUCAUUUAUGCGCAUUGCGUCGAACGCCAAUGAAGAGCAUCAGUUCUUAUUCGCGAUCAAUACCAUAUCCAUGGUUAAGAAUGAUGCACUCUUUUCCUACGUUGCUCCUGGGAAUAUCUUCGCUUGGAUCUUGAUGCCAUUACGAUACGUUAUGCCUAUAAGACAAUUUGUCAUUCUGAAUCGUACCAUCAUCAAACUCACUCAUUUUCCUCUGUUGUUCUGUAUAUUUCUUUACGAGAAAUACUUUCUCGCCUCCUCCAUAUAUGAACCUACAGAUCUAGUUGAGAAUCCAGGGCGUCAUACAACCAGAGGAAUAUCUUUCGCCGAUCCCAGUAUCAGGGGCCCAGCCCUGUUUAGCCCAACUUUGCGAACUCGCGAAGAAUCGAUUGCUGGUUUCCAAAAAGAUCGUGCUCUUGAGGAGGUUUUCCGUCGCCCCCCAGAUGCUGGCACACUACGAAGUCAGAGGAGACAGGAAAGGAGGAAAACGCAGACAGCUAUCCGAAAUUGGAUGGAUAACAAUGAUGAGAUUGGGGAACGCUUAUCACAUUGGCCUACAAUCGAUAGUCGCCCGAGUUUAUCGCAGCGAAGAAUGAGCAUGAGUCGUGAUUUUCCUAAGAGGUUUAGGCACGUCUCUGAUAUUCGAUCGGCUGCAAGUGACCCGGCGGACCUUAUAUCGAAUAACGCCUUUCCCGUCUCCAACAUUAGAGAAUUAAAUGGCCAAAUUGUGGAACAACAGGAACGGUAUAGGGAUCAAACAGAAGCUGACGGCGAUGACGAAUUCGUAACAAACGACGAGGAUGAAGAGGAUGAAGCAGCAGUCGCUGCAAAUCGCCGUGAUGGCAAAACUGACGAAGACGAACAGGAUGAUUACUUUACAACCCCUCCAGCGGUACGACGUAGAUCGACUGUACCGUCCUCUCGAAGCUCUUCCUCGCACCUCCAGAGCCCGUCCUUCGUGUCACCGAGGGCUGGCAACCAACCUAACCGCCAAGGUCUACAUAGCCGCACACUCUCUACCAAUACCAUUCUCUAUGCUCCACAAGGGCCUAGUCGCCACGGACUUAGCCCAUCUUCGAUAUCUGAAGAACCAUCCGGGACACGUUCUCGGCCGCGAACGAGCCGAUUAACUAAGACCGCAGAAUCGGCCGACCCAAGUGGGACACGCUCACCACGAAAGAUACCAAAUGAGCCCAGAUCCACGAUCCGGCCAAGGUCGAUACCAAUAAAAUCGGCGCCUAACCGCUCCACCCUCCUUAACCUCGACCCGAGACAUCGGCAACUCUCUUCUAUCGAUGUGGAUAUCAAUUCUGACAUGGGGCUUGAUGGACAUCAUGAAUUUGGGGCGGUUGCAUCAUCCUUUGCUACGCAAAUGGCUAUGGCUACUGGCCAAUUGAAAGCUCUGCAUCGAGGCAAUCAAGAUCGCGAGGACGCUGAUAGAAUGAGUCGGCUAGUUUUAGCUCGAAUGAAGACUCUUGAGGAGGGCCUCGCGGACGUCGCCAAAGAGAUGAGAGUCUUGAGAAGUACAGUACCAACAGCACAGAACUCAGGCGACGACAAUAGCUGGAAGACAAGUACAAGUAGCGAGAUGCUAUCCAGUAAUAAAAAUAAAUCCGAGAAAGCGGUUAAGGGUAGAAAGAGCCGGCCCGGAAGUUCCAAGGAACAAAACUUUCCGCCAACUAUGACUGUUCUAAAGAGUGGAGAUUCAAAGGAUAAGGGCAAGGAGGUUGCGAGAUCUGAGACUGAGCCGGCCAAAAGUGUCUUAAGAAGAAGAGGAAGUUCGUUUUAAUUGAUCCGGGUACAUGUAUAUGGGGUGUGUUGAGGGUUGCUGACUCUAUAAAAGUCAUGCAUUCUGGCGUUUUUGGUUUGCUUGCUUCGAGGUUCAGGUGGCAGGUGUGAACGAGCUUAAGCUCCGGUUCGGUGCCGUCAUGAAGGAGUUUGAGGGCAUACCCGCCAUCUGUGCAUCUGAUAUGGUCAUGAUAUGCCGUGUGGUAGGUUGUACUAUUAGCCGGAACUGGGUUGUAUAAAACAGCUUGCUAAGGCUGAUGGUUAUUCGCAACAAUGAACACGAUCAACAGGCCUUUAAAAUUAUUUUACUUUAUUGGUGUCUUUGGUGUUA